ACGUCAUUGUCCAUCCCUUUGCUAUUGGACCCAGCAACAGACGGAACUUUUCCCCGCGCUCAGCGGUGAAAGUUCACAAAUUGAAGAGGAGUGGCGGGAGCUCUUGUCAGUCGGGGUGUCUGUUGUUACAGAGAAACUUUCACACAGCAUGGAUCCUAAACGGCGCAAUGGUGGGAAUUUCCUGGGUGGCCAGUCCCAGGCCAAGCGGAGUAAAGCAGCUGGUGAAUGGGAUGACAGUCCGUCACAGUUUGAGGAAGAACUCUUACAGUUUGAUGAAGCAGAGAUGGAAUCAGAGGAAUUUGAGAGUCAGACAGGACAUGAUGUCAUUCCUGUUGGUGACCUUUUUUCAGCCAAUGAUAACCCACGUUGGCCCAGACCUCCAGCUCCCUCACUGGACCCAUCAUCCGAUACCUUGGUGUUCCAGCAGAUUGAUCUGGACUAUUAUUUAGAUCGGUCAGUCUCUGGCAUGCCCGGCCAGUCACAAGGAAAAGUACCUAUCAUCAGGAUGUUUGGUGUAACAGACAACGGCAACAGUGUGUGUUGCCAUAUCCAUGGGUUUGCACCUUACUUCUAUGUUACUGCACCAAAUGGGUUCAAGUCUGAUUACUUGGGUGAAUUUCAAAGAGAGUUGAACUCUGCUGUUCUGAAGGACAUGCGCUCCAAUAAGGACAACAUCUCUGUCACCGUGCUGGCUGUCGACAUCACCCGCAAAGAGAGCAUGUAUGGUUACCAUGGGCAACGUGUUUCGGACUUCUUACGGAUUACCAUGGCGAUGCCUCGUCUCAUUGCACCUGCAAAGAGACUGUUGGAACAGGGCUUUAAAUUUGGACCUUUCCCUAUACAAAACUACCAAUCCUACGAGGCCAACAUAGAUUUUGAAAUCAGGUUUAUGGUGGACUGUGAUGUGGUGGGAUGCUGUUGGAUUGAACUUCCCAAAGGCAAGUACCAACUGCGUGAAGAGAAGAGCACAGGCAACCAGGAUUCUCAGGCCACAGCCAAGUUGUCUUUGUGUCAGUAUGAAGUAGACGUUGGAUGGACAGAUUUGAUAAGUCACCCUGCAGAGGGAGACUGGCAGAGAAUUGCCCCUCUGAGGGUGCUUAGUUUUGACAUUGAAUGUGCAGGAAGAAAAGGAAUCUUCCCAGAAGCAGACAAAGAUCCUGUGAUUCAGAUAGCAUCUAUGGUCCAGCGGCAGGGUGAGAUGGAGCCCUUCAUUCGCACAGUGUUCACCCUUCAGUCCUGUGCCAGCAUUGUUGGCUCUCAGAUAUUGUGCUUUACUCAGGAGAAAAAGCUUCUCCAGAGCUGGGCUGAAUUUUUGAGGACUGUGGACCCGGACGUCAUUACUGGAUACAACAUCCAGAACUUUGACUUUCCCUAUUUGCUCAACAGGGCAGAUACUUUGAAGGUGAACCUUUUUCCAUAUUUAGGCAGAAUAAGAAACAUGAAAUCAGUUUUGCGAGAUUCGAGCUUCCAAAGCAAACAGAUGGGCCGCAGGGAGAACAAGACAAUAAACAUGGAGGGUCGGGUGCAGUUUGAUCUGUUGCAGGUUCUCCUGAGGGAUUACAAACUGCGCUCCUACACUUUGAAUGCUGUGAGUUUCCAUUUUCUGCAAGAACAAAAGGAGGAUGUGCAGCACUCCAUCAUCACUGAUCUGCAGAAUGGAAACGAACAGACACGUCGUCGUCUGGCAGUCUACUGCCUGAAGGACGCUUACCUCCCUCUGCGCCUGCUGCAGAAACUCAUGUGUGUGAUUAACUACAUGGAGAUGGCCAGAGUCACAGGCGUGCCUUUGACCUACCUGCUGUCCAGAGGACAGCAGAUUAAAGUUGUCUCUCAGCUUCUGCGACAGGCCAUGAAACAGAACCUGGUCAUGCCUGUUGUAAAGCCUGAGGGAGGGGAAGACUACACUGGUGCAACUGUAAUUGAACCAGAAAAAGGAUAUUACAGCGUUCCAAUUGCCACCCUGGACUUCUCCUCCUUGUAUCCAUCUAUCAUGAUGGCUCACAAUCUGUGCUACACCACCCUGCUGCAGAAAGGCUCGGUGGAGAAACUGGGCCUGUCGUCAGAGGACUUCAUCAAGACUCCAACCGGUGAUCAGUUUGUGAAGAGCUCUGUGAGGAAAGGACUUCUUCCAGAGAUCUUGGAGAACCUGCUGUCUGCUCGAAAGAGAGCCAAAGGAGAGCUAAAGAAGGAAACAGACCCUUUCAAGAAACAGGUGUUGGAUGGCCGACAGCUGGCGCUAAAAAUUAGUGCAAACUCUGUGUACGGCUUCACGGGGGCCCAGGUGGGCAAGCUGCCCUGCUUAGAGAUUUCACAGAGCGUCACAGGAUUUGGGCGCCAGAUGAUUGAGCAAACAAAACAGCUGGUGGAGUCUAAGUACACCCUGUCCAAUGGAUUUCAGGCAGACGCUAAGGUAAUUUAUGGAGACACAGAUUCUGUCAUGGUCAAACUAGGAGUUUCUACAGUAAAAGAAGCUAUGGAAAUUGGGAGGGAAGCCGCCGAGUGGGUGUCAUCCCAUUUCACACCACCCAUCAAGCUGGAGUUUGAGAAGGUUUACUACCCGUACCUAUUGAUCAAUAAGAAGCGAUACGCAGGCCUGUAUUUCUCAUCUUGUGCAGAUACGCACGAGAAGAUGGACUGCAAAGGCAUAGAGACUGUCCGGAGAGACAACUGCCCUCUGGUGGCUAACCUCAUCAACACAUGUCUGCAGAAAAUCCUCAUUGACAGGGAUCCCCAGGGUGCCGUGGAACAUGCGAAAGAGGUGAUCUCAGAUCUGCUGUGCAAUCGCAUUGACAUCAGCCAGCUGGUCAUCACCAAGGAGCUGACGCGCUCGGCUCAGGAGUACGCCGGCAAGCAGGCGCACGUGGAGCUGGCAGAGAGGAUGAGGAAAAGGGACGCGGGCAGCGCCCCCAACCUGGGAGACAGAGUGCCGUAUGUCAUCAUCAAGGCCACAAAGGGAGUGGCAGCGUACAUGAAGUCAGAGGAUCCGAUCUACGUGCUGGAGAACAACAUUCCCAUCGAUACGCAGUACUACCUGGAACAGCAGCUGUCCAAACCUCUGAUGAGGAUAUUUGAGCCCAUCCUGGGGGAGAGCAAGGCUGAGAGCAUCCUACUAAAGGGUGAUCACACGCGCUGUAAGACGGUGCUGACCUCAAAGAUCGGAGGCCUCAUGGCUUUUGCUCAGAAGAGGAGCACCUGCAUCGGCUGCAAAGCCGUGCUGAAGACGGACGCGGCUGUGUGUGAUUUCUGUAAGAAGAAGGAGUCUGAACUUUAUCAAAAGGAGAUCUUCCACCUGAACGCGUUAGAGGAGCGUUUCUCCCGUCUGUGGACGCAGUGCCAGCGCUGCCAGGGCUCGCUGCACGAGGACGUGCUCUGUACCAGCCGGGACUGUCCCAUCUUCUACAUGAGGAAGAAAGUUCAGAAAGAUUUGGAUGACCAAAGCAAGCUGGUGUCUCGCUUUGGAUGGUGAAAAGAGGACUGAUGUGCCUUAUUUGCUGACCUCCAGACUCUCAUCCGUACACUGCUUUUUUUCUUGGUGUUUGUAAAGAUACAUAUAUAUUACUUACUUUGUC